UAAAAACUAAAGGAAUCAUCAUCAUCAUCUUCCUCCUCAAUCAUGCCAUCUCAGAUCAUGUGGGAAAAGUCUGUCAUUGACAGACUGUUUUUUCUUUUCCUUUUCUAAAAUUUUUCCCUCAAGUGGGGUGGUUCUUCCAUGUAGUGUAGUAGUAGGCUAAUUAAGCUUUUCUGAGUUGUUGCCAACCGCAUCAUUCCUUUCCUUAAUUUCUUCAUCUUUUUUUUUUCCAUUUCAAUUUCUUAACUACUGGGAAUUGCCACUUUGUUCCUCAAUCCACAAUCAUUAUGGCCACCCAAACUGUUGAUUCCCAUCAAACUUCUACAUCCGAUGAGCAAACGGUGAAGUUAAGUAGUGAAGCAGUAAAAGGAAGGGAACAGAUAAAUCUCUCUUCACCACAAGAAAGUGUAGAAGACGACAGAGAGAAAGGCAAAGCAGACAACUUACAUAUUCCAGAUAGUACUACUUUGUCCACGUCGGAAGACAAGGCAGAGGAUAUCCAGGUUGAGCCUCCUGUUAUUGAGGUCAAAAAAACAGAUGAAACCCCUGAAUUGGAUCUUCCAGUUCAUGAUAAUGUCAAGUUGGAAAAAGAAUCUACUAUUGUAGCAGAGGUAGGGGCUACUGCCACUGUCGCCGAUGAGACGCAACACAGGGAGAGCCAAUCAACUGAACCGGUCUCCGAGGCAACUGAGCUGCCAGUAAUUGCGUUCUUGGAGAAGAGUAUACAGGAGGAGUUUGAUGCAAGUGACAAUGUAAAGAGCCCACCAGAAGAGCAGCCAACUGCAGAAGUCACGAAAAGAGAGUCUCUGGAGGUACCAGCUGCUACUGCAUCUGCAAAAAAAGUAGAAGAGCAAACAUCAGACGCUGUGGGCCUUCCAAAAGUAGAAGUUGAGUCAUCAGGUGAUACUGUUGGCAGCCAAGAAAAAGAGAAACCGGCUGUGUUUGUACAAUUUGCAAAAGUUCCAGAAAAAGUGGAAAUUGUACCUGAGCCUGUCGAGGAAGUAGAAGAUAAGAAGCCAAAGAUUGACGAUAAUCCAGAAUUAUCAGUUGCGGCAGACUCUGGUGAGGGCCCAGUAGAGGCAGAGGAGAAGCCGGCUACAGAAUUUGUCAGUCUAGAGAAAGAGCCAAACAAGGAACCAGAGAUUUCUGUUCCAGAAAAACCUGUUGAACCUCCACAGAAAGAAGCUCAGCCCAUUGAGGUCGUUCCGGUGAAAGAACCAGUAGAGGAUGUUGAAAAAGAAAUUAUUGAAACAGUUGAACCUCCGGCAGAAAAGGAGCAUCCAGUUGAAGUUCAUUCAAUUAAAGGAUUGGACGAAGUGAUAGUAAAAGAAAUUAGCGAACCUGUAGAAGUUCCCAAGGAAAAGGAGCAGGCAUCUGUAGUUGAUCCACAGCAAGAAUCAAGAGAAGUGGUAGAAACAGGGAUUAGUGAAACUGUUGAAGUUCCCAAGGAAAAUGAAUUGCUAGUUGAAGUUCAUCUAGCAAAAGAACAAGCAGUGAUAGCAAAAGAGACAAGUGAAUCCACUGAACCACUCAAGAAUGAGGAGAGCCCAGAUGAAGUUCUUUCCCAGAAAGAAUCAGUAGAAGUCAUAGCAAAAGAGGUUACUGCAUCCUUUGAACCUCCUAAGAACAAGGAACAAGUAGAUGAAGACUUUUCAGUGACAGAAUCUGAAGAAGUGAAGGAAAAAGAGACCAGUGCUUCCACAUUGGGUUCUGAAGAAGUUGAGAAACAAGUACACGAGGUCAUUGUAGUAAAGGAUGGCAUAGAAGAGUUACCUGAAAUAACCAAACAUGUUCAAGACACUUAUGUGGAGGCUGAAACCAUGAAAGAUGAGAACGCAUUGACUCCUCGCAAUGACUAUAGCCCACCAAUUGAAGAAGGAAAUAUCCAGAAAGAAGAGGCACAACACACAGAAGAAAGUGAUAAACAAGAUUCAGUAGGUGAGGUGGCUAAAUCUGGUCCUAUAGAAGACUCCGGUAAGGACCUAGAAAAGGAUCAACCGGCUACAGAGUUUGUCAAUGUGGAGAAAGAGACAAAUGGGGAACCAGGGAGGACAACUUAUGUUCCAGAAGAAUCCAUGGAACCUCCAAAGAACCAAGCACAACCAGUUGAGAUUGUUCAAGUAAAAGAACCGGAAGAGGUGGUUGCAAAAGAAGUUAUAGAAACGGUUCAAUCUCUGACAGAAAAGGAGCAGCCAGUAGUGAUAGCAAGUGAAUCCAUUGAACUUCUCGAGAAAAAAGAGCAGCUGGAUGAAGUUCUUUCUCAGAAAGAAUUAGUAGAAGUCAUAGCAAAAGAGGUUAGUGCAUCCUUUGACCUUCCCAAGAACAACGAGCAAGCAGAUGAAGAUUUUCCAGUGGCAGAUUCUGAUAAGGGCCUAGAAAAGGAGCAACCAGCUGAAGAAGAUAUCAGUCUGGGCAAAGAGCCGAGGGAGGAACUGAAGACAACUCCUGUUCCAAACUUGUCCGUUGAACCUCCCAAGAAAGAAGAUUCGCCAAUUGAGGUUCUUCCUGUAGAAGAACAAUUAGAAGUGGUUGAAAAAGAAAUUAUUGAAACAGUUGAUCCUUCAACAGAAAAGGAGCAGCCCAUUGAAGUUCUCCCACUACAAGAAUUGAGAGAAGUGAAGGAAAAAGAAAUUACUGAACCCGCAGGACUUCCUAAGGAAAAAGAACAGACUGAAGUUCGUCCAGUGAAAGAAUUAGAAGUCACAGUGGAAGACACUAGAGAAUCUUUUGAACCUCCCAAGAAUAAGGAGCAGGCAGAUGAAGUUCUUUCCCAGAAAGAAUCAUUAGAAGUUAUAGCAAGAGAGGUCAAUGCAUCCUUUGAACCUCCCAAGAACAAGGAUCAGGUAGAUGAAGGUUUUCCAGUGACAAAAUCUGGAGAAGUGAAUGGAAAAGAGACCAGUGAUUCUACGUUGGGUUCGAAAGGACUUCUGAAACAAGAACCUGAAGUCAUUGAAGUAACGGAUGGUAUGGGAGAAUUACCUGAAAUAACCAAACACGUUCAAGAAACUUACGUGGAAGUUGAAACUGUGAAACAUGAGAAGGCAUUGACUCUUGGAGAUGACAUCAACCCACCUAGUGAAGGAGGAAAACCCCAGGAAGAAGAGGUGCCGUGCGCAGCAGACAGUGACAAACAAGUUACAGAGGGUCAGAUGGCUAAAUCUGGCCCUAUAGAAAACUUUGGUACGGGCUUGGAAAAGGAACAACUGGCUGAAGAAUUUGUCAGUGUAGACAAAGAGCCAAGGGAGGAACCAGAGACAACUUGUGUUCCAGAAUUGUCAGUUGAACCUCCCAAGAAGGAAGAGCAAUUGAUUGAGAUUCCUCCAGUUGAACAAGAAGAUGUGAUUGAAGAAAAAUAUAUUGAAUCAAUUGAACUGCCUACAGAAAAGGAGCAGCCCAUUGAAGUUCAUCCACUAAACGGAUCAAGAGAUGUGGUGGAAAAAGAAAUUACUGAACCCAAAGAACUUCCUAAGGAAAAGGAACAUGCAGCUGAAGUACAGCCAGUGCAAGAAUCAAAGGAAGUGAUGGCAGGACAGAGCAGUGAAUCUGUAGAAAUUCCCAAGCAAAAUGAGUUGCUAAUUGAAGUUCAACCAGUGAAAGAAUUAGAAGUCGUAGUGGAAGACACUAGUGAAUCCAAUGAACCUCCCAAGAACAAGGAGCAGCCAAAUGAAAUUCCACCCGAGAAAGAAUUUGGAGAAGUUAUAGCAAAAGAGAUUAGUGAGUUCUCUGUACCUCCCAAGACCACAGAGCAGAUGAAUGAAGGUUUUCCUGUGACAGAAUCUGAGGGAGUGAGAGCAAAAGAAAUCAGUGGUUCCAAAUUGGAUUCAGAAGAAUUUGAAAAAGGAGAACCUGAAGUUACCGAAGUAAAGGAUGGUAAGGAAGAAUUGCCUGAAAUAACCAAUCAAGUUCGGAAUGAUGAUGUGGAGGUUGAAACUGAGGUAGUUGUGAAGGGUGAAGGUGAGAAGUCAUUGGCUCUUGGUGAUGACAUUGUGCCACCUUUGAAAGUAGGACAAAUCCACAAAGAAGAGAAGCAAUGCACAGUGGAAAGUGACAGACAAGAUUUGCUCGGUCAGGGGGCUCAACCUAGUGUAGAAUCAGCUGCAGGGAAUUCUCCCCAUGAGGUGAAAGAAGAUGAAAAGAAGGAAUCGAAAAAUAUCAAUGUGGUUGCAAAAUUAUCAGAAGGGGAAGCACCAGCUGUGGAAAAGGUGGGAAAAGAAAAUGCUGAAAAAGUAGUGGAAACUGACAAAGAAGAUGAAGUUACACAUGAGAAAAUACAGGAAUUAACUCUGCCAAGAGAAGAGGUGGCUCCUAGAGAUUCUGAAACUGACACUGUGGAAGCAGAUAAGUCAACUGAUGACCAAAAAACUGGUGAAGUAGUUGAUCGGAUUGCAGAAACCAAGAUAGAGGACAGUACUAAAGAUGAAAAACCAGGAUUGGUUGAAACUGGCAAUGCUGAACAUGUAAAUGAAACAACUAAAGAACUCCAGGAAUCUGAGUUGGAAGUAAAGGAUAAAGAAACUGUGAUUACAGGAGGAGAAGUUCCAAAAGUGAGUGACAAGAAAGAAGUUCCAUCGAAGCCUAGUCAUAAGCAUUCACACAAUAUUUUAUCGAAAGUAAAACAGUCACUGGUGAAGGCAAAGAAAGCUAUCAUUGGGAAGUCGCCCAGCUCAAAAACCCUUACCUCUGAAGCAAGGGAUGACAUUAAAGUUAAGUGAUGGUAUGGAAUUGAUAAACACUGAUUAGUUCACACCAAAUGCCGCAUUACCCUUAUUGUUUGGACACACAGCUGGUUCACAGUUGUUGCGUCAGUAUUAUUUGAUUUCUCUUGGUUUGUUUCUUAUUCAAAAAAGAGUGUAUAGAUAGAAGAAGGUUUCAGUUGAUGCUAUACUUGAUACUGUACGUAUACAUUUUUUUUCUUUGUAUUUAUCAUUUGUUGGUGAUUUGUUUGUUUUAGUAAUUAUCAGAAGAUGUGGUUGUGAGGAUUUUUUGGAUAGUUGUUAUAGUUGUAAUGUUAAGUUUAUUAUUGUGCCAUGGAGCGUACACUGUCAGAAAAA